AUGAACCGGCUUGUCGCCUUCACCUCACUGAUAGUGCCGUGGAUCCUUGGCGUCACUGCUGACGACAACUCAAGCCACAAAGUAGUGAAACAGGUAGCUAUCAUCGGAGCUGGAGCUGCUGGAUCCUCAACGGCGUACCACCUUCGCAAAUAUGCCGAGCAAGAAGGUCUCGCUGUUAAUAUUACACUGUUUGAGAAGACGGGACGUAUUGGUGGGCGUACACUGACAGUCGAUGCCUACGGUGAUCCUCACCAGCCUGUUGAGCUUGGUGCGUCCAUAUUUGUGAGCAUCAACCAUAUUCUCUACAAUGCAAGCAGAGAUUUCAACCUUCCGCUCGUCAAUCCUGGAGCCGAUGAAGUUGGCGUUUUGGGUAUCUGGGAUGGCGAGAAGUUUGUCUUUGAGCAGGACUCAGAGUCAUGGGAGUGGUGGAGCUUGGUCAAACUCGUCUGGAAGUACGGCAGUGCCCCUUACUACACCAGAAGACUCGUCCGCGAGACGGUCGCCACUUUCCUGAACUUGUAUGAGGAACCAUACUUUCCAUUUCGAUCUCUGACGACCAGGAUAUAUGAGUUGGGCCUGCACAGGAUCACCGGCGUUACUGGGCGUCAAUUCCUCGAACAGAACAAGCUGUACGGGGCCUUUGCGCACGAUAUUGUGCAGACUGCGACUCGUGUUAAUUAUGCAUCCAACUUGGCCUAUAUCCAUGGCAUGGGAUCUAUGGUAUCGCUGGCUACGGACGGUGCGGUGCAAGUCGCAGGAGGCAAUUGGCAGAUCUUUGCACACAUGGUUGGGGCGUCUGGAUCCAACGUCAACCUCAACACAUCUGUCUCGUCGAUUGCAUUGGCAAAUAGCAAGGAUCCUGCCUCGCCGAGUUCAAAGUUCGUCAUCGCGACUAAAGGUACUGGCUCCUCGAGUGCGAAAGCAGAAGUGCAGGAUGUUGAGUUUGACAACGUGGUGAUUGCCACGCCUUACCAAUUUAGUGAUAUCACUCAUGAGGACGGACUACUCCAGCAACCGAUCGACGAAAUACCCUACACGACCUUACAUGUCACUCUUUUCGCUACGCCAUUCCGUUUUAGCCCAGAGUUCUUCAAGCUUGAGCCAGGCACGACAGCACCUAUCUCGGUGCUGACUACGCUGGCGGAUGACGAGGAAGCACGCCCUGGCCCGGAAGGGGCGGGCAAGGCUGGCUUCUUUUCAGCAACAUUGAACCAAAUUGUGCUCAAUUCCAAGACUCAACGCCAGGAGAACGUGUACAAGAUCUUCUCUCCCAACAAGGUGACACCGGAAUUUCUGUCCUCGCUCUUGGGAGUCAAGAUCCCCGAUACUUUCACGAGCUCAGUGGAUUCCGAGGACCAAGCAGAUUUCGAGGUUGUGGAGCCGAUCUCAUGGUACCAUGCUACGGUCUUCCACCCUUACCCGCAGAAGCUCCCGAGGGUGACUUUCCAAGACCCAAUUCUACGCGAGGGUCUGUACUACACAUCUGGUAUGGAGAGCUUCAUCUCGACAAUGGAAACCAAUGCUCUGGCCGGGAUGAACGUGGCCCGGCUGAUCGUCGAUGAUUACGUGGCAUUGAAUGAUGGACAUGACAAGGGCAAUAAUGCUUCGGUAGUUUCAGAGAGCGGGCAGGAUCAAAGGGUGCUAGGGGCAUACUAG